AUGGAUUGUGAGUUUAUGUGUGAUGAUGGAGUCGCUCGCAUGCUUGAUAUGACAGCGGAGGCGACUGCGCCAUUUAACUGUGUCUUACUGAAGCGAGUGCGAACCCCAAAGGGGGAGGCAGUGAUUCUUGGUGUGAAUGCAGGUAAACUCUACGUUCUUCUUGACUCCAACGCCUCAGCGUUGGUGGCAACGGCGUUUACAAGAAAGGACUUUGAGGAUGGACUUUUGGAGGUGCUACCGGAGCUUCCUGCCGUGGUAGAUCCUCUUGACUCGCACCGGGUUAAGAAAGAUGUGUUCUGUGGCCGUAGUGUCUGCCUUGUGACUCAGGACCAAAAUGGUCCAUGUCCUGUGGUAGCAGCAGCUAAUGCGCUGACACUAAUGGGGCGCAUCAACUUGUGCCCAGGUAAUUGCCGGCGAAUUGAGGCCAAGGAACUUCGUCGCACGAUUCUCGAGUAUAUCAUAGGGGGCAACCCGGACAUUCCACAGUUUGUCUGUCCCACUACGCGAGUAGUGAAUGGUGAAGAAGUGGCAACAAUUGCUGGUCUUGUCCAGGAACGUCUUGCUGAGGCCAGGGCGAAACUAGCGGAGGGUGCAGAAGGCGAGGAGUUUUUGCGACGUUUGUACCAUGGUAUGAGCAUAAGUCCCAUUUUUUCUGUUUUAGAUGGCUUUGAUUCGGAGGAUGAUCUGAUGCUGUUCGCCCUUGCAGGGUUACGUCUUGUGCAUGGGUGGAUGAUUUCAUCUGAAGAUCGCUAUGCUCCCUUGCGUGACAUGUCUUUUAAUGAAGUUAGUCUACUGGCGAUUCACAAAAACAGUGAAUUGUCGGGGGUUGCCAACGAGUUUCUCGAGCAUACACGUUCGCAGCUGACAGACGAAGGAUUAGCGGUGCUUCUACGCGAGCUUGACGAGGGGGAGGUUGUUGUUCUCUUUUGGAAUAACCACUUUUCAACCGCCGUAAAGCUUGGUGGGAGAUUGCUACUUCUGCUCUCCGAUGAGGCGUACGCGGACAGAUCAUCCAUCUUGUUUGAGGCCAUUGAAGAUGUCCACGGUGCCGCCACCUUCACGGAUGGCGACGGUGCUGAUGCCGAUGCUUUGCUUCUAGCCGUUCAAUCCUUGACAGGGAAUGAAUUUGCCGCAGAGGCCGUUUCGGAAGCGAGGAAUGAGUUGCAAACUGUGGAUGGCAAAGAACCAAGCCCUGAGGAAGUAGUCUCUCAUUUGCGUGACAAAGACAAAGCUAAGAAAGAUAUCUCGCCAGAGUGGGCACCCUGGGUACGUGAAGGUGCACAUGAUAUUGUAGAAAUGGGGUUUGAUAUUAGCCACACGGACGCGUGCGAACUUGUACAGAGGACUGGAAGUGUGAGCGUUGCAGUGAGUGAGUUGUGUAAAGACAAGCCUGAGCAGUAG